AUGAAGCAAAGGAACGAAGAAGAACAUAAAAAUAUAAAGAAAGAAGAGGUUGAUGCAAACACUCCCAAUGUUCAGAAUGGUGAUUCUUCGGACCCUCCUUUGAGGGUGAUUCUCUUCAAGGAAGAAGAUCCUGACAUGAAAACCGAGUCACCAAUAUACCCCAUUAAGAUGGGUAUAGCGACCAUUGGUUCACUUGGCCUAGGUUAUGGUAAUCCUAGUGCUUCUUCAGAAAUGAAUAGUGUACCUUAUGUGGCAACCACUGUUCUACCACCUCAGCAUGCUUCCUUGGAAAAAGGGAAAAAGAUCUCAAAAGAUAUUGAUUUGAAAAGGCCAAUUCCAGGAGCAUUGAUGGCCCGACCUCAUCUUGGAGGUGGAACAAGAAUGGCUUUCGAUUUUGACAAUCAUGUUGAAGAAGUCAAUGAGAAGAUCAAAGACGAUCAAAGCUUGCCCAGAUCUUGUAUUACUCAAGGUGAUUUCAGUUCAGUGGAAAACACUCAACCCAAAAAGAAAAGAAAAGUGUCACAAGAUAACAACAACAAAGUGACAAUGGGUAAGGGAAAAGUUGGGACUGCAACAGCUAUGAGAAAAAGUUCAGAGCGCUUAGUUGAAGCAGCAGAGAUUCACAAUGAAGCUAAAAAAGAAGAAACUGCUGCCAUAUUCCAUGACCAGUACUCCAUCCCGGAAUGCAUUCGAGUGUUGAUAAGUCUAAAGGAGAAAGGGCGUUUGGAUCAACGACAAUUUAUCUAUGCAUUAGAAUUACUUAAAGAUGAUCACAAUAGAGUGAUUCUUAUGUCCUUAACAGAUUCAAUAGAUUCUUUGGUAGAUUGGAUUUUGUUUAAGUAUUAG